UCAAGCCAUUCACUUCCAGUAGAGUCAUCAACCCAUUCUCUUCUCCAACAGAUCCUUGACAAAACCAGACACCUCAAACCACCCUCUCCCUCACUUUGCCCGUGGCCAAAAUGAGCCACCAAGGUCCAUUUUCCGGCGAAACCGUAGAUGACAAAAAGAAUACAGAAGGAGAAGACAAGAAAAUCUCAAAAGUACCACUGAUUAAGCUCUUUUCAUUCGCCGACGCUUACGACUACUUUCUUAUGUUUGUGGGAUCAAUCGGUGCUUGUAUACAUGGUGCUUCGGUCCCGGUGUUCUUUAUAUUCUUUGGAAAGUUGAUCAACGUCAUUGGACUGGCUUAUCUUUUCCCAGCACAAGCCUCACAUAGAGUUGCCAAGUACUCGCUGGAUUUUGUAUAUCUCAGUGUGGUUAUAUUAUUUUCAUCAUGGACAGAGGUGGCUUGUUGGAUGUAUACGGGAGAGAGACAAGCGGCGAAGAUGAGGAUGGCAUAUCUGAGAUCGAUGUUAAGUCAAGACAUUAGUCUUUUCGACACCGAAGCUUCCACCGGAGAAGUCAUCUCUGCCAUUACUGGUGACAUUAUUGUUGUCCAAGAUGCCAUCUCCGAGAAGGUGGGAAACUUCAUGCACUACAUUAGCCGCUUCAUUGCAGGCUUCGCAAUUGGGUUCCUCAGAGUGUGGCAAAUCAGUCUUGUGACAUUGUCCAUUGUACCUUUGAUUGCCCUUGCUGGUGGUGUCUACGCCUACGUGACAAUUGGCCUUAUUGCCAGAGUCCGAAAAUCCUAUGUCAAGGCUGGAGAAAUUGCUGAGGAGGUGAUUGGAAAUGUCAGAACAGUCCAAGCAUUUGCAGGAGAAGAAAGGGCCGUAAAAUCGUAUACAACAGCACUCUUGAACACAUACAAGUAUGGGAAAAAAGCAGGACUAUCCAAGGGUCUUGGACUGGGCACCUUGCACUGUGUCCUUUUUCUUUCAUGGUCAUUACUUGUUUGGUUCACUAGCAUUGUUGUGCAUAAGGGUAUUGCCAAUGGAGGAGAUUCUUUCACAACCAUGCUCAAUGUUGUUAUCGCUGGCCUUUCCCUAGGGCAGGCAGCACCAGACAUCACUGCAUUUAUUCGGGCAAAGACAGCUGCCUAUCCCAUUUUUGAGAUGAUAGAACGAAAUACGGUCAGCAAAACCAGCUCCAAAACUGGCAAGAAACUGAAUACACUAGAUGGUCACAUCCAAUUCAAGGACGUAUGCUUCAGUUACCCAUCUCGUUCUGAUGUGGAAAUUUUCAACAAGCUUUGUCUUGAUAUUCCUUCUGGUAAGAUUGUAGCUCUUGUGGGAGCGAGUGGUUCUGGCAAAAGUACUGUUAUAUCUUUGAUCGAGCGCUUUUAUGAGCCCCUCUAUGGACGGAUACUAGUAGAUGGAACUGAUAUCAGGGAGCUCGACCUGAAUUGGCUUAGGCAGCAAAUUGGUUUGGUUAACCAAGAGCCUGCCCUUUUUGCCACAACCAUAAGGGAGAACAUUCUCUAUGGAAAAGAUGAUGCCACCCUAGAAGAGAUUACACGUGCUGCAAAACUUUCAGAGGCCAACACUUUCAUCAACAACCUUCCUGAUAGAUAUGAAACUCAGGUUGGUGAGAGAGGGAUCCAACUAUCAGGUGGACAGAAGCAAAGAAUUGCAAUAUCGCGGGCCAUAGUGAAAAAUCCAUCGAUACUUCUGUUGGAUGAAGCUACAAGUGCACUUGAUGCCGAGUCUGAGAAGAGUGUGCAGGAGGCACUUGAUCGUGUAAUGGUGGGGCGAACAACUGUAGUUGUGGCUCAUCGGCUUUCUACCAUCAGAAAUGCAGAUGUAAUAGCUGUUGUUCAAAAUGGAAAGAUAGUAGAAACUGGGAGCCACGAAGAGCUCAUUUCAAAACCAAACAGUGCCUAUGCAUCACUUGUUCAACUUCAAGAGGCAGCUUCCUUGCAUCGCCUCCCCUCACAUGGACAGACCAUGGGACGACCUAAUAGCAUAAGGUAUUCACGUGAAGGUAGCAUUAGAUAUUCACGUGAAUUAUCCCGCACUACAACUAUAAGCCGUGGUACAAGUUUUCAUUCUGAUAAAGAAUCUAUUAGCCGAGUUGGUACUGAUGGAGCAGAGAUCACUAAGUCACCACAUGUUUCUUCGAGAAGAUUGUAUUCCAUGGUUGGUCCUGACUGGAUAUACGGUGUUGUUGGCACUUUUUGUGCAUUCAUUGCUGGUGCCCAGAUGCCUCUAUUUGCUCUUGGUGUCACUCAGGCUCUUGUAUCUUAUUACAUGGAUUGGGACACAACGUGCCAUGAAGUGAAGAAGAUAGCAUUCCUCUUCUGUGGGGGUGCUGUUAUAACAGUCAUUGUUCAUGCUAUUGAACAUCUCUGUUUUGGCAUCAUGGGAGAGCGGGUCACUCUACGUGUACGAGAAAUGAUGUUUUCUGCAAUUUUGAGAAAUGAGAUUGGAUGGUUUGAUGACACAAACAACACAAGUUCCAUGUUGGCAUCACGUUUAGAGAGUGAUGCAACUUUAUUGAGAACUGUAGUCGUUGAUCGCACUACAAUUCUCCUACAGAAUGUUGGUUUGGUUGUCACCGCAUUCAUCAUCGCCUUCAUCUUGAAUUGGAGGCUAACACUUGUUGUGAUGGCCACGUAUCCAUUGAUCAUUAGCGGUCACAUCAGCGAGAAACUCUUCAUGAAAGGUUAUGGUGUUAAUUUGAGCAAAGCCUAUCUCAAAGCUAACAUGCUUGCUGGUGAGGCAGUGAGUAACAUUCGUACUGUUGCUGCAUUCUGUUCUGAGGAGAAGGUACUUGACCUUUAUGCUCGUGAGCUUGUUGAGCCUUCAAGGCAUUCUUUCACUCGUGGUCAGAUUGCUGGAAUAUUGUAUGGAGUCUCUCAGUUCUUCAUCUUCUCAGCCUAUGGCCUUGCAUUAUGGUAUGGUUCUGUUUUGAUGGGAAAGGAGAUUUCUACCUUUAAAUCUGUCAUGAAAUCAUUCAUGGUUUUGAUUGUAACGGCUUUAGCGAUGGGUGAAACAUUGGCAAUGGCACCAGACAUUUUGAAAGGGAAUCAAAUGGUGGCUUCAGUGUUUGAGGUGCUGGACCGUAAGACAGAAGUAGUGGGUGAUGUUGGGGAUGAGCUAACAAGGGUAGAGGGUACAAUCGAGCUAAAGGGGGUUGAGUUUAGCUACCCUUCAAGACCUGAUGUUCAGAUUUUCAAGGACUUCAAUCUAAGAGUGCGCGCGGGCAAAAGCAUGGCACUUGUGGGGCAAAGUGGGUCUGGCAAAAGCUCUGUACUCGCUCUCAUACUCCGAUUUUAUGAUCCAACAGCUGGGAAGGUGAUGGUUGAUGGCAAAGACAUUAAGAAACUAAAGCUCAAGUAUCUACGAAAGCACAUUGGCCUAGUCCAACAAGAACCAGCUCUCUUUGCUACAUCAAUCUAUGAAAACAUUCUUUAUGGUAAAGAGGGAGCCUCGGAAGGAGAAGUAAUUGAAGCUGCUAAGCUUGCCAAUGCACAUAAUUUCAUUAGCGCUCUUCCUGAGGGCUACUUGACAAAGGUAGGAGAGCGAGGAGUGCAACUUUCUGGUGGCCAGAAGCAAAGAGUGGCCAUUGCCCGAGCUGUUCUAAAGAACCCUGCAAUCUUGCUGUUGGAUGAAGCCACUAGUGCUCUAGAUGUGGAAUCAGAGCGUGUGGUGCAACAAGCUUUAGACAGAUUGAUGAAGAACCGGACAACAGUCAUUGUGGCGCAUAGACUGUCUACAAUAAAACAUGCUGAUCAAAUAUCAGUUUUACAAGAAGGAAAGAUAGUAGAGCAAGGGACUCAUUCUACACUUGUGGAGAACAAGGAUGGAGCAUAUUUCAAGUUAAUCAGCUUACAGCAGCAGCAGCAACAACACCAGCAAUAACACAACCUCCACCACAAAAUUCAAGGUGCUUUGCUCAAUCCUCUGUUUCUUUUUCUAUAACUAUCAUCCUUCCUCUUGCCAUUAUUGAUGUAAUAUGUAUUGUCCCUCAUUCUUUAUAUCUGAAGAUGACAGUUAUACAUGUUAGAAAUUGUUUUACAAUAGAGAAAAGCAUUUGGCCUACUGUUCCUGUAUAUUGUUCUCCCCAAGUGGCCAUUAAGCUGUGAAUGUGAUUGUUGUAGGAUGUAUUUCCGAG